AUGCCGCGCAAACUCCCUUGGGCAACGAAGGAUACUCCGGUUCCCAAAGAGAAGAGGCCACGCCCAGUGUCAAGGAAGCGCGAAGCGUCUUCGUCUGACCCCGAACAAGUCGCCAGGAUGAAGACCAGCUCUUCUACGCCUCUGAAGACCAUCAAGAAACGAGUAAGCUCUCGAACACCCUCGACGUCGCCUCCGCCGGGUCCGCCGAACGAAGAGUACAUGAUGGAGGGUUACGACCAUGACGAUAUCUACAUCAUGGUGGAAGACGAAUUUCACUCGGUCGCCCAAACUUUUACGCAACAUCUUCACCACGCCGAGUACCAGCGCCUGAAGAAGAAAGCUAGAGAUGCAGCCCCUCCAACAUUUCAGCCAACGGAUCAAAUGAGAACAGAGGUCAAGAAGAAACUUGAGGCUAGAGCUCUACACGCAAAGCAGAAGGAUGCCGUUAGGAACAUCACAACCGGCAUCAACUUGUCGGCAGAAGAAGAUGAGGAGCAAGACGACGACCCUUGGCUGGGAACGAGUCUGGCAGGACUUAUGACUGAUGCAAAUGUUCAGAAGAGAACAGCAUUGGUGGGCUUAGAGAAGAUGCAAAGCACGACAAGAGCGGCAAAGGGAUUUGGAAGGGGGAUGGGCGACAGCCCACCAAGCCGGGAAGGGAAAGUGAGUGUCUUGGAUAUCUUCGCAGGGCAGAAGAAGGACAAGGAGAAUGCUACCAAUGAGCAGGAGCGCGAAAGAAUCGAGAAGGACCCGAACCAUUCCCGCAGAGUGCAAGCCACUGCUUCGAUAGUUAGGCCUCAAGAGAGCUCUCGCAACGAAGAACUAAGCAUCAGUCGCGAGGCAGACCCAAACUCAACACGGGGUUUGACUAAAACCACCAAGCCGCCAUCUAUAAAGAAUGCCGCUGAUUCAACAUCUCAUCCCCGCUUUCGAGAACCUUCUAUAGCUACCCGAAAACUAUUCGAUGAGUUUGACGACUUCGACCACACUGCUAGUGUUACCAAGAGACCCAGAGCGUCACCAUCACGAAAGGACCACAAGCGGAAGCAGACGAACGACCGAAAAUUGCAGAUGAAUGACAUUCCAACUUUUCUGGUAUGA